UUCCGAAAGCGGCGGAGCCGAGUGCGCGCUGCGGCCUAGACCCAGACCAGAGGAAAGCUGAGGCCCCCCGGGGCGCGUAGUUAGGAGCUGAGUAGGGGAGCUGGGCUGUGUGCAGAAGGCCUGGGCUCGGGAGUAGGGAAGUGUGGCGCUAGCGACAGGUCCGGGGUCCGUCGGGGGUGGGCGCACACCGGGCCAGCGGACAGAAGUCUGAGUGGACUGCGGCCGAGUGAGCAGCGCUGCAGGCCGAGUAUUGAACACCCUGAGUAAUGGCUAUGCAGAUGCAGCUUGAAGCAAAUGCAGAUACUUCAGUGGAAGAAGAAAGCUUUGGCCCACAACCUAUUUCACGGUUAGAGCAGUGUGGCAUAAAUGCCAAUGAUGUGAAGAAACUGGAAGAAGCUGGAUUCCAUACUGUUGAGGCUGUUGCCUAUGCACCAAAGAAGGAGCUAAUAAAUAUUAAGGGAAUUAGCGAAGCCAAAGCUUAUAAAAUUCUGACUGAGGCAGCGAAAUUGGUUCCGAUGGGUUUUACCACUGCAACUGAAUUCCACCAAAGGCGGUCGGAGAUCAUACAGAUUACUACUGGCUCAAAAGAGCUUGACAAAUUACUUCAAGGUGGAAUUGAGACUGGAUCCAUCACAGAGAUGUUUGGAGAAUUCCGAACUGGGAAGACCCAGAUCUGUCACACCCUGGCUGUUACAUGCCAGCUUCCAAUUGACCGGGGUGGAGGUGAAGGAAAGGCCAUGUACAUUGACACUGAAGGUACCUUUAGGCCAGAACGGCUGCUGGCAGUGGCUGAGAGAUAUGGCCUCUCUGGCAGUGAUGUACUGGAUAAUGUAGCGUAUGCACGAGGGUUCAACACAGACCACCAGACCCAGCUCCUUUAUCAAGCAUCAGCCAUGAUGGUAGAGUCCAGGUAUGCACUGCUAAUUGUAGACAGUGCCACCGCCCUCUACAGAACAGACUAUUCUGGUCGAGGUGAGCUCUCAGCCAGGCAGAUGCACUUGGCCAGGUUUCUGCGGAUGCUUUUGCGACUUGCUGAUGAGUUUGGUGUAGCAGUGGUAAUCACUAACCAGGUGGUAGCCCAAGUGGAUGGCGCAGCCAUGUUUGCUGCAGAUCCCAAAAAACCUAUCGGAGGAAACAUCAUUGCCCAUGCCUCAACAACCAGACUAUACCUGAGGAAAGGAAGAGGAGAAACCAGAAUUUGCAAAAUCUAUGACUCUCCCUGUCUUCCUGAAGCCGAAGCUAUGUUUGCCAUCAAUGCAGAUGGAGUGGGAGAUGCCAAAGACUGAAUCAUUGUUUUUUUUUUCCCCAUGAUAAACCUUAAGUACUACAGCCUAAUGGAGAAGACUGCUCCCUGGGGUCUUCACAGGCCUCUUCCUGUUGUGACUGCCAGGAAAGGCUUCUGGGAAAACAUCAAUUGUAUUAACUUCUCUGAUGGUGUAAACAGGAGACAGGUCAGUAGUCACAAACUGAUCUGAAAUGUUUAUUCCUUCUGGAGAGUAUUAAUCUCUAUGUGAUUUCUUUAGUUCUUGGGGGUGGGGCUACAGAAUACCUUUAAUAACAGUGCCUUGGGGUUGACUCAGGACUAACAGCUGUCUACUGGGCAAUGUUAUGUUUUUUAAGAGAACUAAAGCUGGGGAGACCCAGCUCAACUUCAUCUGAAAAUGGUGAAAUGAAAUGCCCAAGCUACGUGGCAAAGGGAAUGGGUCUACUCACAGGUUCUUUCUCUGUUGGUAAAGCAUGUAUUUAAGUUUCCCUGCUGGGCUGCCAGACCUUCGCCUCUACUUGCUUGGGCUUUUAUUGCUAAGACCAACUCAAGGUAAUUCUAGGAUCUUAAGAAUUUCAGAGGCUCUUUAAGUAAGCUAAUUCAUUGUUAGGCUGCUAAUAAAGUAGCUGUUUGUAGUCAA